AUGCGCCGCUUAGAGCACUUGUCCCAGCAUCUUUUGCCGCGCCCCGUCGCCGCGCCACUGGACCUGCCUGCAGAAGCUGCUGGUCUCGCGCGUCGUGACCGCACACGUCGGGACACCACCCCGAGGCAGAAGACGCAGUUCAGCCCCGUCGAGUGGGAAGCUCGUUGCAAACUGGCCGUUGCUUAUCGGCUGGCCGCCCACUACGGCUGGGAUCAACUUGUCUUCAAUCACAUCACGCUGAAGGUGCCGGAAAGCGAUCUCUUGUCUGAUGGACCUCACUUUCUCAUCAACCCUUUCGGCUUACGGUUUGAUGAGGUCACUGCUAGCUCGCUGUUGAAGGUCGAUCUGGAUGGUAACGUGGUUGACAAGGGCACGAACCAAGGGCCACUUUUCAAGCAGGGCUUUGUGGUGCACUCGGCCGUCCACGCUGCCCGUCCAGACAUCACUUGUGUCUGGCAUUGCCAUCAUGCCGACACAGUGGCAGUGGUGACCUCUACCGCCGGCUUUUUGCCUCUGACACAGGAGGCAAUCUCUCAAUGGGGGCUAUUUUCCUAUCACCCUUUUGAAGGGAGUGCGGUCGAUCUGGAUGAGCGACAAAGAAUGGCGAACAACCUCGGCCCAAAGAACAAGGUCCUGCUCCUUGAGAAUCACGGCCCCCUGACAGCCGGUGGUUCAGUGGAGGAGGCUUUCUUUCGCAUGUACAUGGUCACCCUCAGCUGCACAUGGCAGGUGAAGGCAAUGGCUGCUGUCGGAGGAGACUUGAGCAAGUUGAGGGUGCCAAGUGGCGAAUACCUAGCCAGCCUGAAGCAGCGGGAUGAGCGCAUCGCAGCCAAGUCCGCUACGUCGAAAGAUGACGUCGACAGGAAGAACGAGUCUUACAACGAAGUGGAGGCUAUGUGGCAUGCUGCGCGAAGACUUAUGGAGAGCUUCCAUGGGCCUGCCAGCAUCUACUGCUAA